AUGGGUGAAGAGGUGAGGAUGAGCGAGUACGAAGGCGGUGGCAGUGGCGGUGACGACUGCGACGACGAGACGCGAGUUCUCGAGUGGGAGGCGGGGCUGCCGAGCGCCGACGAUCUCACGCCGUUAUCUCAGCCGUUGAUCCCAAUCGAGCUCGCUUCGGCCUUCAGCAUCUCGCCGGAGCCGUGCCGUACAACCGUCGACGUCAACCGCGCGUCGCAGAAGACCGUCUCGACGCUCCGCGGCGCCGCUCACUCUCAGGGCUUCUCUUCGAACUACAAGUCGUUUGACGAGAACCGCAGCGACGACGUCGAGCCGAUGGUCGUCGAGGUCGACGAGAACGACCGGUACGGCAACGCCGGAUCCGAUUCGAGAAAGUCGCGGAAGAUUGAUUGUACGGAGGAGGCCGAUUCGGCGCUGAGGACCGAGAAUUUCUCGGCCGACGACACGUCGGCGCGGACGCUGAAGCGGCCGAGGCUCGUGUGGACCCCGCAGCUGCACAAGCGGUUCGUGGACGUGGUGGCCCACCUGGGGAUCAAGAACGCGGUGCCCAAAACGAUUAUGCAGCUGAUGAACGUUGAAGGCUUGACCCGAGAAAAUGUGGCGAGCCACUUGCAGAAGUAUCGGCUCUACUUGAAGAGGAUGCAGGGGUUAUCGGGCGACGUUGGGCCGUCGUCUUCGGACCAGCUUUUCGCGUCGACGCCGGUGCCGCAGAGCUUGCAUCAAGAGUCGGGUGGCGGGUCGGGUCAGGCGGGUCAGAGCCACGGGCAUGGAAAUGGGCAAUUUUCGUUUUCUAUGCCUUACCCGCCUAACAUGAUGCCCAUGCCGGUUCUCGGGUUGACCCACGGGCACGGGCACAUGGGCAUGCCGGGUGGUGGGUACCAUGGGUUCGAGUCGCACCAUUACAACAUGGGUUCGAUGGUUUCGUAUCCACAUGGUGCUCCAAAUGACAAAUGA